UACUACUUCACUGAUUUAACUUUCUUUUUGGGUCAUUUCUUGACAUUUGAUCUUUACAAAGUCACUUUUCAUGUUUUCCUUUCGGUCUUUCUUUUUCUACCAUUCAUGUUUCAUUUGAUGUCUCAUACAAAUAGCAAAAGAUGGCUUUAAGAAACAAUUGUUUUAGAAGUUUAGAUACUUCAAAUCAAAAGGUUUUGUUUUAAUUUUGGUUACUGGACCGAGACAUAUCGAGUUUCAAAAAAAGAUCUGAAAAAAAAAAAAAAAAGGUUAGUGUCAUCCUAUGCCAGCUAUAUUGGGUGGUACAAGCCAUGUACCACACAUACCAUCCGGUUUACUCUGGUCCACGUACUAGUAGGUUAUGGAAUUGGUAAAUACCGCUCAUACCAAGCCACACCAGGUGAUAUUUUUAACUUUAAUUUAAUUUAAUAUUUUUAAGUAUGCAAGUGUUUAUUUUUUUUGCAUAAUAUACCGCUUUUGUUGUGGAUUUCAGGCUGCUGGACCAACACUCCUCAUAUAAUUGAAUGGUUGAAUAAACAUGGAAUGAAUGAAUCUCAGGGCUACAAGUAUUUUGUUUUGCGUGCACAAAAAAUAGCAUUAUCACAUGGAUAUGAAGUCAUCAAUUGGGAAGAGACUUUCAACAACUUUGGGAGUCAACUCAGCCCAAAAACUGUGGUUCAUAACUGGCUUGGUGGUGGAAUAGCGCAGAAGGUGGUGGCGGCCGGACUGAGAUGCAUUGUGAGCAACCAGGACAAGUGGUACUUGGAUCACUUGGAUGUCCCAUGGCAGAAGUUCUACGUGAAUGAGCCCCUUACAAACAUCUCCACGCCUGAGCAGCAAAAAUUGGUCAUUGGUGGUGAGGUGUGCAUGUGGGGAGAAAGUAUUGAUGCCUCUGAUAUCGAGCAAACCAUCUGGCCUCGUGCUGCAGCUGCUGCAGAGAGGUUGUGGACUCCUCUUGACAAACUAGCGAAGGACCCAAGGCAAGCCACAGGAAGAUUGGCUAGAUUCAGAUGUUUGCUCAACCAAAGGGGGGUUGCUGCUGCGCCGGUAGCAGGACCUGGCAGAACUGCUCCAUUGGACCCUGGUUCUUGCUACAAGCAGUGAACAGCCAUUAAGAUCAUCGACAUCAGUGCUUGCAUGACGCUAAUAUAGGAUCAGCCAUUGUUGCCGGCCUUUAUGGGAGGGGUAAAUUAGUAUUUAUAUGACAAUAGUUAAUCAGUUUCUGCUGAAAUCUUGCUGAUUAUUGUCAU